AUGUCGGUUUCCUUGCUGCGGCGAGGUUUGGAGCUUUUGGGGGUGCCUGAGGCCCCCAGGGACGCUCCAGGCCAAACCAAGACGAGCGAGGCUCCGAUGAAGCGGACGCGGAAGGCAAAGGCGGCCCAGGCCCAGAAACUGCGGAACUCGGCCAAGGGAAAGGUGCCCAAAUCGGCGCUGGCUGAGUUCCAGAAGCGAGAGCGUCGAGGUUACCUCGGAGUAAACCUGAGGUUUAUGACUAGUGCAAGAAGCACCGUGGCCGAGUCCGUUACCCAGCAGAUUGUGCGCCAGGACCGGGGCCGCAAGGCCUGUGACCGGCCUGUGGGCAAGACUAAGAAGAAGAAGGCGGCCCAGGGCACCGUGUUCACCGAGGAGGACUUCCAGAGGUUCCAGCAGGAGUACUUCGGCAGCUAGGCUCCUGGGAGGGCAC